GGCCCGGAAGCGCCGUUGCUGUGGAGCCCGGGGUGCACAGAACCGCUGCCGAGGCCAUGGCGGAGACCGACCCCAAAACCGUGCAGGACCUCACGGCCGUGGUGCAGACGUUGCUUCAGCAAAUGCAGGACAAAUUUCAAACCAUGUCUGACCAAAUAAUUGGACGAAUUGAUGACAUGAGCUGCCGCAUAGAUGACCUGGAGAAAAACAUAGCAGACCUGAUGACACAAGCGGGAGUAGAAGAACUGGAAGGAGAGAACAAAGCCCCUGCUACUACUAACAAGAGUUAAGAUUGCCAAUAACUUAAGGUGAAUGCUGGAAGACUUUGUUUUUUUUUCUACAAGCCCCUGGAAUUAACAGAACAGCUUUUUGCAACUACUGUGUGUAAAAGCAUUUUUAUAUUGUUACAGAGCUUGCAUUCUUAAUGUAUAUUGUAUAACUAGGGAUAGUUUAGUUUAUAUUUCGAUUUGUGUACUGUAAUUUCACCUCUCGAAUUCUUGUUAUGAGGAUCAAUUAGCUGUUAUUAAAACACAGAUCUUACGGAUCUCAAGUAACGGGUGUAUUUUUUUUUUGUGAGGUCACUUUUUUCCCUCUUAUACUUUUUCUAGACAUCUCAUUUUUGAUAGCUAAACAGAUAGUGACUGCUGUCCCAUGGAGAUCUUAAGUUGUCCUACGUAACUUUGUGGAGUGAAGCACAAGUUUGAAAUCUGGCAUUAAUCUUAGGUCCAAGCAUCACUCUCUCGACUAGUGGAUGACUGUAUUAUUUUCUCCUCAUGAAUGUAAGUAAGGUGAUUUUAGAAACAUAAGACAUUGAAUAUCAAAGUCAUAUCUCAUGUUGAUAUUACCUUACCUGUGUGUUCCUAGAAUGUAAAACAAAUACGUGUUUAACAAUAGAGACAUCUGUACACAGCAAAGCUACCACUGCCAUUCAGAUCUGUUAGAGAGACAAAGAAUUCUCAAUUACAGAAAAUCUCAGCAUGGGAUUCUGUUGUUGUUUUUUUUUGUUUAACACUGUAAAACUAUGCUUUGAAACUGACAAUGUGUCACAUAGGAGCAUCUUGGAACAAUAAUGAUUAAAAUACUGAUACUUUACAGAGUAGGGAUGGGAUUGUGGGAACUUCUGUAUGUGAUUUAAUCAGUUUAAGUCACUGAUCUGUUGUAUAAAGCAAAGUUUGCUAAACAAAGCAGCAAUAUAUUGAAUAACAAAGAAGGAGAGAAUCCAGUUAGAAUUGUAGAGCCUGGCUACUGUGAGUAACAAACAGCUGGGACUCCCCAAAGCGCUUGGUUUAGGAAGGUGUUUGGUUUUACAAUCACAUCCUCACUUAUGGACCUGACAUUCAACAGAUUACAUUACAGUAUUUUGGCCAUGAAAAGUGUUCUUAGGGAAGUCUGUACUGUGUCACUGUUGUGAAGAAAAAUGACCAAUGUCGCAUAUUACUGACAAUCAUUACAAUCCUACUGCAGCUUGAAAUAUAAGAAAGCAGUGGUGGCAGUCAGCAGUUACGUGUGGACCACUUAAGGCUGCUCUCUGAAUGCCACUAAAUUAGUACCUGUGUAUUAUGAAGGCAAUAUGACAGGUCAUUUUUCCAAACUGAGAGGAAAUUGUAAUAAAAACUCGCAGGGGAAUUUUGUGAACAUAGGAACUGUAUCAAUAUAUCUUGUAAUACCAGCCUUAGGCUAUUUGUAAUGUCAUGAAAAAUCUAAUAAAUUAUGAUGUGUUACCAAA